AUGUUUCUAAUAUGGCGUUUGUAUAAAACCUUAUUCUUAAUAUUGUAUAUUAUAAUUUUACAAGAAUAUGUAUGUCAUUCUUCUAAUCAUAUAAAAAGUGUUAAUAGAUGUUUUAUCCCCUUUAUUUCAGAAUAUAUAUAUAAACAGAAAAACAGAAAAAAUAAUAUAUCGUAUGAUUCUAGUAACAGUCACUACAAUGAUAAAAUAAUACCAUGUGGUAAUUAUAAUAAACAAUUAAAAUAUAAAAUAAAUUUUUGUCGUAAUUUGUAUUUUAAUAAUAAAAAUGAAUAUAAUAGAAUAUGCUCAAGGAACAAAUUAAAUUUUCAUAAUAUACAAACAGAUAAUACAAUAUACAAACCAAAAAAGAAAUAUUAUGAAGUUGGAAAAGUAAGAGAAAAAAUAAAAAUGUAUACCCUUUUUAAAGAUGACAAAAUAAACACACUGAAAUGUAAUGAAGAAGAAUCUGUUACUUCAGAAACAAUAAAUAAGCAUGAUUCAAGUGUAAAAGUAAAAGGAAGAAGAAAAAAAAAUAUAACAAGUAAUGAAAAUAUUAUGAAUCCAAAUAAUAAAAGUGUAAGUAGCAUUAAUACAAAUCUAAGUGAUUCUUCUAAUAAUAAAAAUGAUAAUUCCUUAAAUAGUAAAAAAAAUGAUAAUACCUUAAAUAGUAAAAAAAAUGAUAAUACCUUAAAUAGUAAAAAAAAUGAUAAUACCUUAAAUAGUAAAAAUAAUAACAAUUCCUUAAAUAGUAAAAAUAAUAACAAUUCCUUAAAUAGUAAAAAGAGUAAUAAUUCUUAUAAUGACAAACAUAUAGACCAUAUAAUUCCUGAAGGCAAAAAUAAAAUAAACAAUAAUAUAGAUGUAAAACACAAUAUUAAUAACAAAUUAAAUGAAAUUAAUGAAGAACCUUAUGAAGAUACACAUAAUAAAGAAGAGAAUUCUUCAAAUAAAAAUGAUAAUGAUGAAAAAAGAAAAGAAGAAAAUAAUAAUAUAACAAGAAGAUAUAUAAAAAAUGACCAAAUGUCAUAUAAUAAUAUAAAUACAAAUUCUAAUGAAUAUGACAAAAAUGCAUCUACAUUAGAUGAAACAUAUAUAGGUAAAACUUUUGAAGGUUAUGUUUAUAGUGUUAAUAAAAAUGCUGCGUGUAUUAAAUUAAAAAAUAUUAAUAAAUAUGGUUUGUUAUUUAAAAACAAAGCAAAUUUAGGUGAUGACAUUGAAGAUAUGAAUGAUUUUUUUGAAAAAGAUCAACCGGUUCAUGUGAAAAUACUUGGUAUUAAUACAAAGAAGAAUAUAUUUUAUCUAGGAAAUAUUAUAAAAUAUAAUGAAAAUAUAAAAUUAAGUAAAGGAGAAUAUUCAAAGGGAUUAAUAACAAAAGUAUGUGAUUCCUACUGUUUUAUUAAAGUUUUAAAAAAUGGAAGCACUGGAUAUUUACAUAAAUCAAAAUUGUUUUGUAUGAAUGAUAAAGAAAAGAAAAAUAAUGAUAAUCAAAAUUAUGAUAAUCCAAAUAAUGAUAAUCCAAAUUAUGAUAAUCAAAAUUAUGAUAAUCAAAAUUAUAAUAAUCCAAAUUAUGAUCAUCCAAAUUAUGAUAAUCAAAAUUAUGAUAAUCAAAAUUAUAAUAAUCCAAAUAAUGAUUAUAGUACAUCACAAUUAUAUAACAGUGAUAAUUUACAAAUGGAUUUUAUAUAUAAAUUACAAUUUACAAAAAUAUUUAAUAUAUGGGAUAUAAUAGAUGUUGAAAUAUUAGGAACUCCACAAAAUGAUUAUAAAUCAAAUUAUAUAUUGACAAUACCAAGAGGAUCUAAAACAUUUAAGAAAAUUUUGAAUUAUUUGAAUGUUUUAAAAGAAAAUGAAGAUAUUAAUAAUAUACAAUAUAAAGGUGAUUAUAUCUAUUCUAUUGAUAAUAAUAAAAAUGACAAUAUAAUAGAUUCAGAUAUAAAUAAUCAUCACAUUAAUAAUAAGAAGAAAAAGAAGAAUCUAUAUGAUAUACAAAAUAAUAUGAAUCAUUCUCCUUUUAAUAAGUUUCAUACAGAAGAUGAAUAUUUAUUUAAUGACCAUGUCCAAGAAAAUGUUCACACCUUUUAUGAAAAAAAUAAAAAAUAUAAAAUUACAUAUGAUAAAGAAAAUAAUCAUAAAAUGAAUAAAUCGUAUUAUUUAAAAAAAAAUAAAGAAUUACCUUUUAAUAAUAAAUUCAAAAAAAUCAUUAAAAAUAUUUAUGACCUUCCUAACACUAUUUCUUUAUCUAUGUUAUCUAAAACAAUUAAAAUACCAUUGGCAUCUAUAAAAAAAUAUUUUAUCAUCCACGAAAAUAAAGAAUAUAAUUCAAGUUAUAAAAUUAAUUCAGAACAGAUAAAACGAAUAUGUCAACAUUUCAAAAUAGACUGUAAUGUAGAACAGAGAGAUGAUAAUGUGGUUACAAAAGUGAAUGGGACAACUAAGGAUUGUCAAGAAAAAGUUUUUAAAAAUGUGACACAGGACAGAUUGAAGGAAGGUGAACAGGAACGAGUUAUUAAGGUGGAAGCAAAGAUUAAAAAUGAUGAAAUGGUUAUGCAAGAGCAAAAAGAUACUAAGGAGGAGAAGCACAUGGACGUUCAAUUUAUUGAAGAAAAAGAUAUUAAUGUACAACAUAUUAAUGUACAAGAUAUGGAUGUACAAGAUAUGGAUGUACAAGAUAUUAAUGUACAAGAUAUGGAUGUGCAAAAUAUUAAUGUACAAGAUAUUAAUAUUCAAGAUAUGGAUGUGCAAAAUAUUAAUAACAGUAUAACACUUAACAAAUCGACAAGUUGUCAAACCGAUGAAUCGCGAGACGCACCGGGGGGUGACCAAAAUGAAUCGCUCGAUGAAAAAGAUUCGAUGGAAAAAAGUAAAGAAAAAAAAAAAAAAAAAGGGAAAAGUAGAAAAAAAAAUAAAGAUACCAAUUUAACAUUAAAAAGUGAUAGUAUUCAAAAAUCAAAGACCACCCUAGACGAUAAAAAACGAAAUGUGGUAGUUACAUUUAUAGGACAUAUUAAUCAUGGAAAAACGUCUUUAUUUGAUUAUAUAUGUAAAACCAAUGAACAAAAAAAGGAGUAUGGACUUAUAACACAAAAUAUAAGAGCGUUUAAAGCAACCGUAAGGAAUAAUUUUACAUUUACUCUUGUCGAUACCCCAGGACAUGAAGCAUUUAUGCCUAUGAGAAGUAGAGGUGUUAAAAUAUCAGAUUUAAGUAUUCUUGUUAUAUCAGGAGAUGAAGGAAUACAAGAACAGACUGUGGAAUGUAUAAAAUUAAUAAAAGAAUUUAAUAUUAAAAUUAUUAUUGCAAUAACUAAAGUAGAUAUUCCUAAUGUUGAUGUAGAUAGAAUAAUUAAUGAUUUGUUAUAUCAUGAUAUAACAACAGAAUUAAAUGGAGGGGAAAUACAAGUAGUUGAAUGUUCUAUUUAUAAAGAAGAAAGUAUAGAUAAAUUAUUAGAUGCCAUAUAUUUAGAAUCUGAAUUUCUUAAUCUACAAACCAAUCCUGAUAAGAAACAUGAACAGGCUCAAGGUGUUGUUUUAGAUUCUUAUAUAGAUAAAAAUGGAAUUGUUUCUAUAAAUUUGUUACAAAAUGGUGUAUUAAAUAUAAAUGAUCAUUUUUAUACUGGGUCAUCAUAUGGAAAAGUGAAGAUAUUAAAAGAUCAUUUAAAUAAAAAUAUUAAAAGUGCAUAUCCAUCGGAUCCUAUUAAAAUUAUUGGAUACAACAAAAAUUCUGUUCCUGUAGCAGGUGACAAAUUUUAUGUUGUUGAAAAUGAAGCCCUAGCCAAAGAAAUUGCGGAACAUAAUAAGAAUAAAAUGUUAACAAUGGAAAUUAAUAAUUUUACUUAUGAUCAGACAAAUAUGAACAGGUAUAAAGAUUUUAUAAUAUCCAGAGAAAAUAAAAUUGGAGGUUCUUCAGGUAUACUGGGAGAAAAUAAUUUAAAAAAUGACAUUGAUGGUAAUAUGACAAGGGAUGAUAAUAUGACAAGGGAUGAUAAUAUGACAAGUGAUGAUAAUAUGACAAGGGAUGGUAAUAGAACAAAUAAUGACAAUAUUACAAGUGAUGAUAAUAUGUCAAAUGAUUAUGAUAAAAUAAAAGAAACGAAAAUGUAUACAAAUAAUAAAUCAUUUCAAAAGGAUGAUUUUUUAAAAAUACAUUUGAAUAAUACAAACGAAAAUGUGAUUAAUAUGGAUCCUUCAACACAUAUAGGAAAAAAUGAAAUAAAAACAAUAUACUCAAAUUAUAUUAUUAAAUGUGAUAAACAAGGAAGUAUAGAAGUUUUGAAAAAUUGUAUGCUUAAAUUACAAAAAGAAGAUAGUAUAUGUAAAAUAAAAAACAAAAUUAUAUAUGCUGAUAUAGGUAAUGUAACAUCAAGUGAUAUAAAAUAUGCUACAAGUUUUAAUGCUACAAUAAUAGCUUUUGGUGUUAAAUUAUCAAAUGAUAUUAAAGGUUCAAAAAAUUCAAAAGGUUCAAAAAAUCAUAAUAAUUAUCCUAUUAUAUAUUCAAAUGUCUUAUAUGAACUUAUAGAAAAUGUGGAAAAAGAAAUGGAAAAGAAAUUAAGUAAAAAACCAAUGGGUGAAUUAAAAGGAACAGCACAAAUUUUAAAAGUUUUUAAUAUAUCGAAACUUGGAAAGGUUGCAGGGUGUAUUGUUAAAAAAGGUACUAUCUCUAUAAAUAGUAAUAUUCGUAUUUUAAGAAAUGAUAAAGUUAUUUAUAUGGGAAAAAUCAUUUCUAUUAAAAUUGUUAAGGAAGAAAAAACACAAGUAACGGAAGCUGAUGAAUGUGGUAUAGGUUUUGAUAAUUUUUUGGAUUUUGAGCCAAACGAUAUAAUCGAAGCGUACGAAAAUUAA